AAUAGAAUAAAAUGAUUCUCUCAGUUUGCUACUUUUCUCUUUAAUCUACUAAUUUUCUCCUCCUCUGUUCCUUUUUCAUUGCUGAUCUCCUGCAUUUCAAAUCUCGAAUCUGGAAGCUAUCGAAUCCGAGGCACUAUGAAAGCAGAUGACAAGUUUUUGAACAUGGGCAUUCUCAUAGUAGCCACGCUAGUAGUGGCCAAGCUCAUAUCGUUCCUCAUAAUGCCCGGAUCUAAGAAGCGGGUGCCUCCAGUGGUCAAAACCUGGCCGGUAAUCGGUGGGCUACUUCGAUUCAUGAAGGGACCCAUCGUGAUGCUCCGAGAGGAGUACCCAAAGCUUGGCAAUGUUUUCACGUUGAACUUGUUUAACAAGAAGAUAACAUUCUUGAUUGGGCCCGAGGUUUCAGCAACCUUCUUUAAGGCUUCCGAAUCAGACCUCAGCCAACAGGAGGUUUAUCAGUUCAAUGUGCCUACUUUCGGUCCCGGUGUGGUGUUCGAUGUUGAUUACAUGGUGAGGCAAGAGCAGUUCCGGUUCUUCACGGAGGCCCUUAGAGUUAAUAAACUUAAGGGUUAUGUGGCUCAGAUGGUUACAGAAGCUGAGGAAUACUUCUCUAAAUGGGGGGAUAAUGGUGAGGUGGACUUGAAGUAUGAGCUGGAGCAUUUGGUCAUCUUGACGGCUAGUAGGUGUCUCUUGGGUCGAGAAGUACGUGAUAAGCUUUUUGAUGACGUGUCUGCACUCUUCCAUGAUCUUGACAACGGCAUGCUCCCUAUCAGUGUUAUCUUCCCUUACUUGCCUAUCCCUGCUCAUCGUCGUCGUGAUCGAGCUCGAAAGAAGCUUGCUGAAAUCUUUGCAAAUAUCGUUUCUUCUCGUAAAAGUGCUGGCAAGUCUGAAAACGACAUGUUGCAAUGUUUCAUUGAAUCUAAGUACAAAGAUGGUCGCCCAACUACAGAGGCUGAAGUAACUGGCUUGCUCAUUGCUGCGCUCUUUGCUGGGCAGCAUACUAGUUCCAUUACCUCAACUUGGACAGGUGCUUAUCUCCUUCGUCAUAAGGAGUUCCUAUCAGCUGUGGUCGAGGAGCAGAAACAACUAAUGCAGAAAUAUGGAAGCAAGGUUGAUCAUGAUAUUUUAUCUGAGAUGGACACCUUGUAUCGGUGCAUUAAGGAAGCCCUUAGAGUUCACCCUCCACUUAUUAUGCUUCUACGCAGCUCUCACACUGAUUUUAGUGUAAAAACCCGAGAUGGAAAAGAGUAUGACAUUCCGAAGGGUCAUAUUGUCGCAAGAUCACCGGCAUUUGCAAACAGGCUUCCUUACAUUUACAAGGAUCCAGACACAUACGAUCCUGACAGGUUCCGUGUUGGGAGGGAAGAAGACAAGGCGGCAGGGGCUUUCUCAUAUAUUUCCUUCGGAGGUGGCAGGCAUGGUUGCCUUGGGGAACCAUUUGCUUACCUUCAGAUAAAGGCUAUAUGGAGCCAUUUGUUGAUGAACUUCGAGCUGGAGCUUGUGUCACCUUUUCCUGAGAUUGACUGGAAUGCUAUGGUGGUUGGUGUGAAAGGAAAGGUGAUGGUUCGUUACAAGCGUCGACAGCUCUCUGUCAAUUAGAAAGAGAUAACGUUUCUGUUGAUUUGCAGUUUCAAUUCGUGUUGUUUAACAUGUUGGCUUAUUUUGUUCUGUUUUCAAACUUUGGUUUAUUUCUCAGUGGUCUUUGGAUUCUAUUUUCUAGUU